CACGACGCACUACAAUCCACAGACACAAACACAAAAGAAACAACAAUCUAUAUCAUGACUAACGAUAUUUCUCCCAUAUCUAGCCCUACUAUCGACAACAAGGAGCAAGACGACACAUGGUCUUCUCAAAAGUAUGUCAAGAAUGCAUCAUUUGUGCCCGUGCUCGGUGCUCCUGUCGUCAAACUCUUGGAUCCUCAGGCUCACGAACGAAUCCUUGACUUGGGUGCCGGAGAUGGUGUCUUGACUAUCGAGCUUGAGAAGAAAUGUAAAUCGGUCGUAGCAAUCGAUUCAAGCUCUGACAUGAUCAGAGCCGCUGCCAUUAUUGGAUGCCAGGACGCGCGAGUGGUAGAUGGACACGACCUUGUUGAUAAUGCGCUGGCAAACGGAGACUUUGAUGCUGUCUUUUCCAAUGCAGCUUUACAUUGGAUGAAGAAAGAUCCAGUACGAGUUAUCCAAGGCGUUAACAAGUCUCUCAAAACUGGGGGCCGCUUUGUAGCCGAGAUGGGUGGCCACAUGAACGUAGCGGAAGUCCGUGGAGGCCUCCAUGCUGCAUUGAAGAAGCGUGGGAUUAAUAAUCCAGAACAGUAUGAUCCAUGGUUCUUCCCUGGUGUCAACACAUACAAACGCAUGUUGGAAGAAAGUGGGUUCCGUGUUGACUAUAUCGAGUUGAUCCCUCGCUUGACCCCUUUGUCGACCGAUGUGGCGGGUUGGAUUGAUACUUUUGGAUUUAUGUUCAUGAAACCAUUUGAGAACAAUGAGGAAGAGAAGAAGGCCAUUGCUCAGGAGGUACAAAAUAACCUAACUUUUUCGCAGGAUGAAGGCGUAUGGCAUAUCAUGUAUGUCCGCCUUCGCUUCAAGGCUACCAAGAUCAACUAGCUCAACAAACAACGGGCCCACUAGUAGAGGAAGGGAGUAUAAAGAAACAUCACACCAAAACUCUAUAACAUAAAGAUCACAAAAUAAUGCAACAAAUUCAUGUCUUUCUUUCCGUAUUGCUUAUGGUAAUAUUAAUAAUAAAUAUAAACACAUCUACAUGAGUAUGAAAGGGACAAGAAGGGAGAGAAGGGAGGGGAUGAGG